GGAGCGGCAGCGCGGGGGAGAAUCAUGUCUCUGUACCGGAACUCAGCAUGGUUCCUCAAAGGACUCACCGAAUUCACCAAGGGGGCGUUUCUGUCGGCGUCUAAAAACUUUGUAGAGAAAGACCUGGAGACGUCGAUGGCGGGCCGAUCCUUCAUGAUCACCGGAGCCAACAGCGGCAUUGGGAAAGCAGCCGCCAUGGCCAUCGCCAAGAAAGGUGGUACAGUCCACAUGGUCUGCAGGAACAAAGACAAGGCAGAGGAAGCCCGAGCCGAGAUCGUCAAAGAGUCUGGAAACAAAGAGAUCUAUGUGCAUAUUCUGGAUCUGUCCGAGACCAAGAAGGUGUGGGAGUUUGUAGAGUCUUUUAAGAAAAAGUACAAAACCCUCAACGUCCUGAUCAAUAAUGCCGGCUGUAUGAUGACUAAAAGAGAAGUGAAUGGUGAAGGUUUGGAGAAAAGCUUCGCUAGCAACUCUCUGGCGGUGUUCAUCUUCAUCAAGAGUCUGAUUCCUCUGCUGGAGAAGAGUCCUGACCCACGUGUGAUCACCGUCUCCUCUGGCGGAAUGCUGGUGCAGAAACUGCGCACUGGAAACUUGCAGUCGCAGAGAGGCAGAUACGACGGCACUAUGGUGUACGCGCAGAACAAGAGGCAGCAGGUGGUGAUGACGGAGCAGUUCGCUAAAGCUCAUCCCAGCAUCCACUUCUCUGUCAUGCACCCUGGAUGGGUCGACACGCCGACUAUUGCGAAUGCGAUGCCUGAUUUCCACAGCUCAAUGAAGGAGCGUUUGAGGACACCAGAGCAAGGAGCAGAUACAGUGGUGUGGCUCGCCGUGUCUGAAGCGGCUGCCAAAAACCCCAGCGGACGCUUCUAUCAGGAUCGGAAGAUGGUGUCGGCUCAUCUUCCUCUGGCUUGGACACACAGCUCACAGCUGGAAGAUCAGAAAUUCAUGAGCGUCAUGGAGGAUCUGGCCAAGGGCUUCCAACCUCACUAAAUACACUCGCAUGAAAGAAUCGCAGCACAAAUAGAUGUUAAACACUAACACACACAUUUGACCAGCAUACAUGCAUUAUUCUCACCUGUAAAAGCAGUGUGAAUGUACUCACCGUGCCUCACCACCAAUGUUUAGCUGUAGAUUAAACAUCCUCCAGAUCUCUGAACGUUUGAAGGUGUGAACGACUGUUACGCUUAAUAAAUGCUUCAAAACAUUCGUCUUUUACCACAGUGACUACUUCGUUUUUUAAUAUUAUCGUACAUUUCAUUUCUCUCCAAUCACUGGCCGCAUCAGGCGCAGGAACGUUUCUUUUGACACCAUGUGAUCAAUCUCAGCCAAUCACAGUGAGCUCUCACUCUCACUGUGCCGGUGACUCCAACGAAUCAGGUCAAUCUGGUGGGAACCCGCUCUGACCGGAGUCACCCAGCUGUCAAUCACUCACUCAGCCAAUCAAGUGGUGAAACUGACCGAACAGGACACUUCCUGCUGUUUGGGGGACAGUGAUUGGACGAUUCUUGGGUGGACUGACACCUGAUGUUCCAGAGGAAUGGGGAAGUGAUGUGUGUGUUUUUUUUUUUUAAUCAUAAUUUAUUCUCUAAAUAAUGAAUGAUUCCAUUUCUACAUAUAUCGAUUGGGUUAUUAAUAUUUAUGACACGACUGUACUCUGAUACUUUUUGGUCAAAUGUUAAUAAAUGUCUUUGAAAGCGUG